AUGGUUCCUCUGGUCCUGAUUAAAGAGAAGAAGACGUGGUGGGAAGCUCUGAAAUACUGCAGAGAGAAUCCUGUGGACCUGGUCUCUGUUCACACUGAGGGAAUUCAGCGCUGGUUGGAGAUUAUUUCUAAAACUGCCUCCACUGAUAAUGUGUGGGUGGGUCUGCGUCACACCUGUGCUCUGAAGUUCUGGUUCUGGGUGAGCGGAGAGUUCCUCUGCUACCAGAACUGGGGUCAAAGGUUGGAAAUGCAGGACUGCAGUAAUGGAGAAAGAUCAGGAGCGGUUCAGUCUGGAAGUAAGCAGUGGAUCAGUCUGCUGGAGAACCAGACCCUCAACUUCAUCUGCACCACAAAAUAA